UAUUAUGUGUUAUGUGCGCGGUUUACGUUUUUCAUACUGACUCCGCGUUGUUUUUUUGAUAGAAAAAACUAUGACGGCCUCCGGUAAUCUUUCGACGUUGGAAGUGAGCAAUGCUCUCGGCGGACGACUGACUGUGAAAAAGACAAAGCAUCUGGUGUUCCACAUGGGCGUCCCGUUGGAAGUUCUGGAUGAUAUUGCGGACGAGUUCAAAGGUGAAGAUCGAAAGCAACACUUCCUGCGGGCAUGGCUGGAUAUGGACCCUGCCGCUAGCUGGGACAAGCUGGUUGUUGGACUGAAAAAGAUCAAACAAAACUAUAUGGCCACUGAGAUUGAGAAGGAACAUCAUCUGAACACUGUUCGUUGUAGCGCUUCCCCUCCUCCUGUUCCUACUGUUCCUACUGUUGCGUGUUUCCACCUUCAACCCUUAAAGUGGAAGGGGUUAAAGCAAGUAUAGAGUGCCUUGAGGAAGAAUACUCCGACAUAAAACAUGAGGCACAAAGAUGGUUGAUCAAAAAGCAGGAAGCAGAUUCAGAUUGUUUCCACAGGUUUCGAGACCAUCUCCUAGACCUGCCAGUCUCGAAAAAACAAGUUCACGUACGGUUCUUUACCAGAAAUGAAGAUGAUAUCCUGAAAGCUGAAACUUUUCAAAAGCUAUUCCUUAUCCUCGGCCGUUACUGCAACUACUCCAACUACGAGAUAAUCUUCCACGUCGUCAAGAGGUUCUGUCGUGAUCUGAAAGGAAGAAUGCUGAAAUAUCGGGGCUCUCUCACCACUUUUGAAAAGUCCACAACAGUCGAUAUCUACCUCUGUGCCAUUUCAGCUCGUCCUGGUGGUGAAAUUAGCCUGGCUUUUGCCCGCAUGACCGUGAAGCUCAACAAGCCACCCUCAGAGUGUUCGCUCUAUGAGAUCCGAGAGUUGAAGGAAUCCAUCGAGGAGAAGGCAUCGCUGGAGUCCUAUGCCAUGUACAUUGAGGCACCAGGGUUGGGUUCCGUAUGUGCGAGGCUGCGUUUUCCGAAGGAAGUUGGUUGGAUGGUGGGUGUAGUCCUCACUCCCGACUUUAAACAGGAAAAUCGUGUGACAGAGGUUUCAGUCAAGGAUUGGCCAUGGCUUUGUGAUGAAGGCAUUGAUACAUACCUAAACAAAGAGCUUAGGUCUGCCUCUAGGAGAGGAGAUGUGGAGGCUGUGUUUUCACUGAUCACAGCAGGAGCUGUCGUGACUGAUGUGUCACGGGGUGGAUCCUCUGCACUGAUGGAGGCUGCCAAGAAGGGUGAGCCUAAAGUUGUUUCACUGCUACUAGAGGCUGGAGCUAACAUUGACCUACAGAAUAAGGAUGGUAGCUCUGCACUGAUGGAGGCUGCCAGGUUGGGUAAGAUUGAAGCUGUUUCACUGCUCAUAAAGGCUGGAGCUGCACUAGACCUACAAAAUAUGCAAGGAGACUCGGCCGUCAUAUUAGCUACUGCAAACUACCAUCUGCCUGUUUUGAAAGAGCUAGUCAGAGCUGGAGCUGACCUCAACCUGCAGAAUGAGGAUGGGCUAACAGCUCUGAUGAUCUCCUCAAGAUUUGGUAAAACUGAUCUCACAGAGACACUUGUGUCGGGAGCCAACAUCUCUCUUGAUAUUCAGACUACCAAUAAUGGGUGGUCAGCUCUCUUCUUUGCUGUUGAUAAAGGACAUGUGGCAAUAACAAAAUUACUUCUCAAGAAAGGGGCUGACCCUCACCUCAGCGAUCAUAGUAAACUGACGAUUAUGGAUGUUGCUACGGCUGGUUGUCAUGAAUGUGUGCAGGAGCUACUGAGGAAAUUCAUCGCAAACCCAUCAUCAAUAGACACACUUGAAGACUCACCAGCAGACUCUACUCAGGAUUCCCAGCCUCCCCCAUACAUAGAAUCUCUUCAAAAGGCUCCCGAAUACACAGAAUCACAGGAGUCUCCCCAAUCAGCAGAAUCAUACUACGAGCCUCCCCAAUCAUCUCAGAGGCCUCCCCAAUCAGCAGAAUCAUCUUGGGAGCCUCCCCUAUUGGCAGACUCAUCCAAGAACCCUCCCCAAUCAUCUCAGGAGCCUCCCCAAUCAGUAGACUUAUUGCAGGGGCCUCCCCAAUUAGUGGACUCAUCUCAGGGGGCUCCCGAAUCUCUGUACUCAUCUCAGGAGCCUCCAGAAUCAGCAGAGUCUACUCAGGAGCCUCCCCAAUCAGCAGAGUCUACUCAGGAG